GUGCUGUUCUUCAGCCACCUUAUCUUUCUAUCACAACCAUUCUCAUUUGCAUCUAUUCCUCUCUUUCUAUGUUCUCUUCUCGAAGUUGUUUCCAUUAAAAUUCAUUUUGGUUUUUUCUGGAAAAAAAAUUUCUUAAGAGGGGAAGGAAAAUGGAUGCUGUUCUUCAAACCAGAGGGCUUCUCUCUCUCCCAACAAACCCUAAAAACAGGGUUUUUCAUCAACCCAAUUGCUUAAAGCAGAGAUUUUUAUCACUUAAACCUAAAACCCUAAUUGGGUCAUCUCUAAAUUCAAAUGGGUUUCAAAAAAUCAAUUCUUUUUCAUCAAAAAUUAAUGGGUUUGGUCAAAAUGAAAAGAAUUUGUUCAUCUGUAAAGCAGAAGCUGCUGCUGCUGAUAAUCAACAACCAGUUUUUGGUGAAGAAAUUGAGGUUGAAAAACCUAAAAUUUUGGGGAUUGAAAUUGACACAAUGAAAAAGAUUUUACCUUUAGGGUUAAUGUUCUUUUGCAUCCUUUUUAAUUACACAAUUUUGAGGGAUACUAAGGAUGUUUUGGUUGUUACAGCUAAAGGAAGUAGUGCUGAGAUUAUACCAUUUUUGAAAACAUGGGUGAAUCUUCCUAUGGCUAUUGGGUUUAUGCUGUUGUAUACAAAGUUGGCCAAUGUUUUGUCAAAACAAGCACUUUUUUACACUGUUAUUUUGCCUUUUAUUGCAUUUUUUGGUGCUUUUGGUUUUGUUUUGUACCCUUUAAGCAAUUAUAUUCAUCCUGAAGCUUUUGCAGACAAGCUUCUUAAUGUACUUGGUCCUAGGUUUCUUGGUCCUCUUGCAAUUAUCAGAAUUUGGAGUUUCUGUUUGUUCUAUGUUAUGGCUGAAUUGUGGGGGAGUGUGGUGGUUUCUGUCCUGUUUUGGGGUUUUGCUAAUCAGAUAACUACUAUCGAUGAAGCAAAACGUUUCUACCCACUGUUUGGACUUGGGGCCAACGUAGCCCUUAUAUUCUCUGGUCGGACCGUGAAAUACUUUUCUAAUAUGAGGAAGAAUUUAGGUCCCGGAGUCGAUGGUUGGGCCGUCUCUCUAAAAGGAAUGAUGAGCAUAGUUGUUCUUAUGGGUUUUGCAAUCUGUUUCCUCUACUGGUGGACGAACACUUAUGUUCCUCUUCCUACACGUAGCAAGAAGAAGAAGGAGAAGCCUAAAAUGGGAACAAUGGAGAGCUUGAAAUUCUUGGUGUCUUCAAGCUACAUCAGAGAUCUUGCCACUUUAGUGGUUGCUUAUGGAAUCAGCAUUAAUCUCGUUGAGGUUACAUGGAAGUCUAAGCUCAAAGCUCAGUUCCCUAGCCCGAACGAGUAUUCUUCUUUCAUGGGAGACUUCUCGACCGCUACUGGAAUAGCCACAUUCAUUAUGAUGCUUCUAAGUCAAUAUAUAUUUGACAAAUAUGGAUGGGGAGUUGCUGCUAAGAUCACACCUACAGUCCUGCUUUUGACCGGAGUAGGUUUCUUCUCUCUCAUAUUGUUUGGAGGUCCACUAGCACCUGGUCUUGCAAGUUUGGGAAUGACCCCCCUGCUAGCAGCUGUAUAUGUCGGCGCAAUGCAGAACAUAUUUAGCAAGAGUGCUAAGUACAGUUUAUUCGAUCCCUGCAAAGAAAUGGCUUACAUACCCUUGGAUGAGGAUACCAAGGUCAAAGGAAAAGCAGCCAUUGAUGUUGUUUGCAACCCAUUAGGAAAAUCUGGAGGUGCCCUUAUCCAACAAUUCAUGAUCCUAACUUUCGGGUCACUAGCUAAUUCAACUCCAUACCUUGGAGGCGUGCUUCUGGUGAUUGUUCUCGCAUGGUUGGCAGCAGCUAAGUCAUUGGAUACACAGUUUACCGCGUUGCGUCAGGAGGAAGAACUCGAGAAAGAGAUGGAAAGAGCAGCCGCUGUCAAGAUACCAGUGGUGUCCGAGAACGCGGACGGAAAUGGUUCACUUGCCGGUGACUCAUCGAGUAGUCCAUCCGAAGCCUCGACUCCUCGCAACGGUUAAAACACAAGCUUCUUUCUGUGGAGAAAAUUCCUUACAGAAUGAAUGAGUAGAAGAAAGAAAACUGUUGAGAGCAGUGUUAGGUGAAACUAUUUGUUUUAGGUUUAUUUUAAUAAGCAUAUAGAAUAAACUUGCUACUUUGGUUUUUUUCCUCAAGUCCCAUAAUUUUUUUGACUCCCAAAAUGUAAGAUGAGUUUCCUUUAUUUCAUUUCAUACUCUCACAUUUGUUAUCCUAUAAAAGAUAGAACUUUUUUUCGUUU